ACCGUGUACAAUUUAGACAAACAAAUUUCAAUCAAUCCCCGGUGAAUUCCCAAAAAAGACAAAAUAUUAAAAAGAGAAAACGGGAUACGAUGUUUCACUUCUCACUUACUACGCUCCUGUAGAAAGUGUAUAUGUAAUCGCAUACCGUUUUUUCAUGUCGUUAGUUUCCAUCAGUUUCGUUCAGGUUUCCACGGUUUCAACGUGGUACGGACGGGAAGUUAUGAAUUAAAUAGUUCCAGUUUCGAUAAACGAGAAAUUAACAGUCACAAACAUGAAAUCGAAAAGCUCUAGUAACGUCGGACAGUUAUAUUUGAAAACUUACAAUUUAACACAAGUUUUGGGUUGGAGUUACAUAUUUUACAAGUUUCUAACAAAUGAUUUUCAUUCUUCCUCGAAUGCAGAUCUUUGGAACAGUGUUAAGUGGCCUGUUAUUAUUUUUCAACAUGCUGCAGCUUUAGAGGUGAUCCAUGCAGCACUUGGCUUAGUUAAAUCAGGUGUUUUAAUUACAUUUGUACAAGUAUUAAGUCGUGUGGCAGUUGUAAGUGGUGUGAUACUAGCGACUCCAGAGAAAUAUGCAUCAUCAUCUAUUGGCAUACCAUUGGCUAUCUCAGCAUGGUCAAUAACAGAAAUAAUUAGAUACUUCUUUUAUUUCAUGAGCUUGAAUGGCAGCGUACCUUACUUCCUCACGUGGCUAAGAUACACGUUAUUUAUUGCAUUGUAUCCAAUCGGUGUUACUGGAGAACUUUUAUGCACUUAUCAAGCUGUGAGGUAUGCGAGUGAGCACCCAGAUGCCUUGAGCUACAGGCUUCCUAAUUCAUGGAAUUUCAUAUUCAGCUAUUAUUUCAUACUUGUGUUUCAAAUGCUGUUAUACAUUCCCUUCUUUCCACAACUGUACAUGCACAUGUUUGCCCAACGGCGCAAAAUUUUGGGAAGUGAUACGUCCAAGAAAUCCCGUUAGCAUUAAUACAAUUUUAUGUGUAUCAUGUUAACAUGUUGUUUGUAUUUUUUACGAAGAAAAUAAAUGUUCUGGUACA